CAAUUACCUAAGCAUUUCUGGGACCCACCACACCAGAUAACUCGGAUUGUACUUCCCAUAUCUUUUUUUAGAGGGUCUCUGGAUUCUCUAACUCCCCUCCUACAUUUUCUUUUCUCCAAACUGAACUUAUCCUUUGGUUGCUUAGGACGGCAAUAGCGAUAUUGUCUAGCAGGCAAUCAUGCAGAUCUUCGUCAAGACCCUCACGGGUAAGACUAUCACCCUUGAGGUGGAGUCUAGCGAUACCAUCGACAAUGUCAAGUCUAAGAUUCAGGACAAGGAGGGAAUUCCUCCCGACCAACAGCGACUGAUCUUCGCCGGAAAGCAGCUCGAAGAUGGCCGAACCCUCUCCGACUACAACAUCCAGAAGGAGAGCACCCUCCACCUUGUGCUCCGCCUGCGUGGUGGUGCCAAGAAGCGCAAGAAGAAGGUCUACACCACCCCCAAGAAGAUCAAGCACAAGCGCAAGAAGACCAAGUUAGCCGUUCUCAAGUACUACAAAGUUGACGGCGACGGAAAGAUCGAGCGUCUCCGCCGCGAGUGCCCUUCCGAGACCUGCGGUGCAGGUGUCUUCAUGGCUGCUAUGCAGGACCGACAAUACUGUGGCCUGUGCCACCUUACCUACGUCUUUGACAAGCAGUAAAUGCUUACUGGUUCGGCCUGGAGUAAUCAUGGUUAAGGAUUCGGAAAAAUGGAAUGGAGCUUACGGGUAUCAUGAUAGAACAUGGAUGACUUAGCUCAGUUUUCAUGAAUACGAAUUCAUUCGCGCAAGAUCUACCACCGUUGUUUUGUUUUCUUUGAAUUUUAGACUGGUUACAACUUAAGUCGAUUAAUGUGCU